AAACACAUGAAAAGCACGUGUUUUUCAAUGUUUUCAAACAUUGCGUUCAUUUCGUUAUAAUUUAUAAAUUGCUUUCAAUUAUCACUAAAUAUGACCACAAAUGCCAUCAAUUCAGACAAAUUACGGCUAAUAGAAGACAUCAAACUUAAGACACAGGCAGUGAUCGACAACCGGAAGAAUGUCAACAAUUUAGUGGAUGUGUUGACAAUACUUACCGACGAUUUGGACGCCGACCAGACGUCUGGGGCCGAGAGGUGUUCACCGCUGAUGAUCGACACUAUCAUCAGAUCAUUAAACAAGAUAUUCAUCCGUUAUAUUCACACCAAAGAGCUGUUGAUCACCGAAGAGGACACCGACGCCAACCGCACGUACAAGAAGUGGUUGAUCGGUGUCUACGAGCGGACAAACGGCGCUCUCCUCAGACUUCUCGGUGACAAUCAGUACUCGAAGUCAACUCAGAAGUUGGCAUUGAAUUCACUUAUGAAAUGUGUGGCCGAAGAAGGUAAAUAUCCAUUCCGUACGGAUGUGCCGACCGAAGCGCCCGACACUUUCGCCGACCAACUCUUAAACGAUAUUUGCAGACAAUUAUUGUCCAAUAAAGUGGAUAAUCGACAACUGAUCGCCAAUUUGAAGGACAAUUAUCUCGAUUUUGAUGACUGUAUUCAUUACACACUAAAAGUCAUUCAAUUGAUAUUAAAAGAAGUUUCAGACGAAGAAGAGGACGAAUUGGUGGACACAAAUGGAGAACAAUCUGUCGAUAGGGCUGUUGAGGACGAAGUGUUUAUAAGAAAUACAUAUGAAUUGCUGUCAGCCAUACGUCUGAAGACACCGACAGAUCUGUUGCCGCGAAGAAAGAAAUUACGCGAAAAGGUGUCCAAAACCCGCAAAUCUAGACGUAUUGUCGAAACGGACGCUAAAAAUAUAAUACUUUGCGUUCCGACACAACCCCUCCAGAAGUGCUUCCGUAUUGAUUACGAAAGAGAUGCCGACAUUUUUGCCAACAAUUGGACACUAUUUCUUCGGCAACGAUUGCCCAAAGAUUUAUACAAAAAAGUUCUCAUUUUAUUAGACAAAGAGCUGAUCCAACACUUUAAGAACCCCUUACUUUUGACGGACUUUCUGGUGAACAGUUACUCCAUCGGAGGUGUGGUCUCUCUGUUGAGUCUGUCAUCACUUUAUGUCUUAAUAACAAAAUGUAAUCUAAAUUAUCCGCAAUUCUACGCCAAACUCUACGCUCUCUUAACGCCCGGCGUUUUGCACGUGAAAUAUAGGCCCCGAUUCCUGUUCUGGAGCGACGUCUUCCUCACCUCAACCCAUAUAUCGGCCCAAAUUGUGGCCUCUUUUGUGAAACGCUUGUCCCGAAUAGCGCUGACCGCCUCUCCGGACGCGUGUCUAAUAUUGUUGCCAAUGAUUGGGAAUCUACUCGUCAGACACCCGUCACUCUCGAAGAUGAUGUGUACGACAAACGCUCAGACGGUUGCCAGCGAUCCGUUUGAUGAUUCAGUGGACGAUCCCGAGGCCACCGGUGCUNGCGAUCCGUUUGAUGAUUCAGUGGACGAUCCCGAGGCCACCGGUGCUAUCAAUAGCUGUUUGUGGGAAAUAAAGAGUUUGCAAAAGCAUUUUCACCCACAAGUGGCCAAAAGUGCACUUUUUAUUAAUAACGAACUGCCGAACAGGGAAUGGGAUCUCUCAGAGCUCUUGGAGACCACUUACGAGGACCUGAUUGAGAGCGCACUCAAGACAUUCAGCAAUGAAAAGGAGUUGACUUUCGACGGACAACACUCGCAACAACUCUUAGAUUUCUUGAACUGA